UGACAAAAGAGUCAGGUAUUCAAAAUGAAAUCGAUGUUCUAUAGUUAUUUGCUUGCAAACACUCCCACAAUCUAUGUUGAUAAGUGUGAUAAUUACACAGUCCUAAAUGUUCACACCACAUUCAAGGUCUCCUAAACCAGUAUUGUUUCCCAGUCCAUCAAGCACUUCUGAACUCUGUAAUUCCUCACAAACUAAGAGACGCUGGAAGAAAAGAGAAAAGUCAUCAAAACGGGAUGCCAGCUCAGCUUUUUCCAAGGGUGCUUCAGAUCCUAUUCUAUUCCACAAGAGUUUGUGGAAGAGGAAAACAAAGUCAUAUAAACUGACAGUAAAAUUAAACACUGCUCCAGCUACUUCAACUUCGAUGUUUCCAGUUACUUCAACUUCGACGUGUUUAUCUUCAGAAAAUAAGAGCCAGUGGAAGAUCGCCAAAAAGUAUCAGCGACUGCAUAAAUUAAUUUUUGAAGAAAAUGGAUUGCCUGAUGGAGCCAAAGUAGCUUAUUAUGCACGUGGACAGAAAUUGCUUGUAGGCAUCAAAAGGGGCUCUGGAAUUGUGUGUGGAUGCUGUAACACGCUGGUCAGCCCCUCACAAUUUGAGGUACAUGCAGGUUGGGCUUCUCGAAGGAAACCUUAUGCAUACAUCUACACUUCAGAUGGGAUGUCUCUCCAUGAGUUAGCAAUGUUUAUACUAAAAGAACGGAAAUACACUGCAAAGUAUAAUGAUGAUCUAUGCGUUGUCUGUUGGGAUGGGGGAAACCUGCUGCUCUGUGAUGGAUGCCCAAGGUCGUUUCACAAAGAAUGUGCAUCAGUAUCAAGUGUUCCUCGUGGUAAUUGGUAUUGUCAAAUUUGCCAAAACAUGUUCCAAAGAGAAAGUUUUGUUGCGGACAAUGUCCAUGCUGUGGCAGCAGAAAGGGUUGAAGGAGUUGGUCCCAUUGAACAGAUUGCCAGAUGCAUUCGCAUAGUAAAAGAUACCGAUGCUGAGAUGGGUGGAUGUGUUUUGUGCGGAGGUUCUGACUUCAGCAGAUCAGGAUUUGGUCCACGCACAAUAAUAUUCUGUGAUCAGUGUGAAAAGGAAUACCAUGUUGGUUGUUUGAGGGAUCAUAAGAUGGCAUUUUUAAAGGAGUUGCCAGAAGGGAUUUGGAUUUGCUGCGAUGAUUGCACAAGGAUACAUUCUAUUUUGGAGAACAUCCUGGUUAGGGGGGCUGAGAGACUUCCGGAAUCUCUCUUGGAUGUAAUAAAGGUGAAGCAAGAGGAAAUACUUUUAGGACUACCUAAUGAGAUUGAUGUAAGAUGGAGACUUCUUAAUGGAAAAAUUGCUAGCUCUGAAACUAGGCCAUUCCUUUUGCAGGCUGUGUCAAUGUUUCACGAAUGUUUUGAUGCUAUUAUUGAUCCAGUUAGUGGAAGUGACCUUAUUCCUGCCAUGGUUUAUGGAAGGAGUGUACAGACUCAGGAUUUUGGAGGAUUUUAUUGUGCAUUAUUAAUGGUCAAUUCAUGUGUGGUAUCUGCGGCUAUGCUUCGAGUUUUUGGGAGAGAUGUUGCAGAGCUCCCUUUAGUUGCAACGUGUUAUAAGAACCGUGGAAAGGGUUAUUUCCAAACGCUGUUCUCUUGCAUUGAGAGGCUGCUGGCUUUCUUGAAUGUGAAGAACUUUGUUCUACCAGCUGCUGAGGAAGCAAUAUCUAUAUGGACCGAUAAAUUCGGGUUUAGCCUGAUGAAACCUGAGCAGCUUAGCAAUUAUAGAAAGACCUUCGGUCAGAUGAUGGCAUUCAAAGGGACAAUUAUGCUCGAAAAACCGGUUCCAUCGUGUCGGAUCGUCAAUACCCGAUCCUGAAAGGUCUCAAUACAACAUAAGUCAUUCAUGAAAGAAGGGGAAACCCCCUAACUUUUGUGUUUACUAUUACUCAUUCUGCUGGUUCUGUACAUGUAUUUUAAGCCAUUUUUGAACAUUUGUUUAAACAUUUAUAUUGUCGUUAUCGUGUUUUACGUUUUAGCUAAGCUACUCUAUUAGUCUUGAGAAUAGUGCUUUUACCAA